CCAGAGAAGCACUGGCAUGAGUGCUUUUGCCCUGGUCUCUGUGAGUGGAGAGGUGCUGUGCUCAGUUCUCCCCAGAGCCCAGAGCCAGGGCAGGCUCACCCAGCCCCUCACCCAGACUGGUUCUGUGCCAGGCACUGGCUGUGCGUGUGGAAGCAACUCAUUCGGUCCUCUCAGCUCAUGAUGAGUGUUAUUUGCCCCAUUUACAGAUGAAGAAACAGGCUCAGGAAGGACAAAUAACACAGCAGAGGCCCAGCUGCAGGGGCCAUUGCAUUGGUGCUGCCAGCUGGGCCCCAUGCCACUGUUCAUGCUGCCUCUGGGCUCGCUCCCACAUGUGGGCUUUCCUGUGUGGCCCAGCUCUGGAGGAGUGGAUGUGGGGACUGGGCUUCGAGCCUGGUCUUGUCUUCUUUAGGACGUCCUAGAGCUGUCCACAUCGCCUCUCCUCCUAGGCUGGCUGUCAAUAGCAGGUCUCCCCCCGGGUCCAGCUGGCUGUCAUCCCCCUCAGUCCAGCUGGCCCUUGUGGGUGGCACCGCUGGGUAGGAGUUGAGUAGAGAGUCCUUGGGACAUGGGGGUACAGCACCUGGUUCUCAUUACACGCCAAGGUACUGGGGACAUCUGAAGGUCAGGGUUUUUCAGGUGUUAUUAGAUGGCUCCAUUGUUCCCCUAUUGGCUGGCUAGGGGUAGGUUGGGGUGGGCUGAAUCUGGCUCCCUGUGGGAGGAGCACACAAGAUGAGGAGAUGAGAGUUUGCCCAUGAACUGUUGGGGUACUCGGAGCUUGGACACCCCCUGGGACUGCAUUGUGCAGAGGCCUAAGAGAGCCUAUUGCCCCGACAGGAUUCAAGGAUGGUCCCUUUGUUUCCAGCUCUCCGAGCCAAGGUCACCUGGAAGAGCAUAAGUCCGUGUCUGACCUGUAUUAUGGAGUCGGCCCCGAGAGCAGCCGAAGAUCAGCCAGGAGAUGGGCUGGCAGACCAGGCCCAGAAGGGGUACUACGAGAGCUUCACCAACUGCACCGAGGUGGAGGCCAACAUGGUGGGCUGCUACUGGCCCAACCCCCUGGCCCAGGGCUUCAUGACUAGCAUCCACAGACAGUUCUUCUCCAACUGCACGGUGGACAGGACGCACUGGGAGGAUCCCCCCGACGAGGUUCUCAUCCCGCUGAUUGUUGUGCCAGUGCUGCUGACGGUUGCCAUGGCUGGCCUGGUGGUGUGGCGCAGCAAGCGCACCGACAGGCUGCUGUAGGCUGGAGGAGGCGGCCUCAUCCAGAGAGCUGUCACAUACUCUGGGCUGGGAGCCGAGGCGCUGCUGCUCUCCUGUCUGGUGUGGCCGCCCCCCAUCCAGUCCUGCGCUGACUGUGCCCAGGCCGAUCUGGUCCCUAGAGGCUGGCCUGUGUCUGGUGGGCCUUCAGGCUGCCUGCCUAAGCUCUGCACCCUUUCUUGGGUCAGUGGAAGAAGAUGUGAGUAGGCUGUAGCUGCGUGUUGGGAUCAGAAAUUAUUUGCUGUUCUCCUAGGCUGGGCCAGGCCUCUGCCCCCAGGCGUCUAGACCAAUUUUUAGCCCAACAUUCUGCCCCAGCCCUGGCUCUGGCCCCAUCUCCAGUUCUGGGCUCUGCCCUUCCCGUAGGCACUGGCCCAGUGGGAGGGCGGCGGCGAGGGUAUCUGGAAGAUGAACUUGCUGUGGAACUCUAGAGCCUUCCUGGUAGGGAAGAACCCGGAAGACCUAGGGACAGGGGUCCCUGUGGGGCCUGAAGACCUGCCUGUCUGCUCCAUUGUGAUUCUGUGACUGUCGUGGGUAGUGUCCGUGAUCAUGGGCCUCCUUCUAGAUGGGGCUCCUCGUGGCUGGGGCACCCUUGGAGUAGAGUCCCAUGCACUCACAUGUGGUGUCUACGCUUUCUCUCAGUAAACAGUUA